UUCACAAAGAGAGUCGCUUGAGCCGGAAUAUAUUGCGCGUACUUUAGCAUAUAAAUAUACAUAUAUAUAUUGAUAGAUAUAUGUAUAGGUAACAAUAAACAAACGAACAGAUAUUUGUGCAUUAUUUUUUCGAAGCAAAAUUAUUUACAACUGUCGACAAUGUAAACAACUACGAAAUAUUUUGCUUGGUGUUUAGUGAAAAGUGCUGUGUUUAGGAAAAACGAAAUUAAUAUGAAGUGAAUAGUGGAAAGAAAGAGUUUUAGAAACUUCGAAGAAAUAUAAAUUAGUAAGAAGAGUGAAAAAAAUUAUUUUGCGAUUUUUGAAAAUUUUCUGCAUUUGUGAGACCUUGAUGCGUCACUGCUAUUUUAGAGCUUCUCUAUGAGAUGAAAUGUGUUUUCUCGGACAUUAAACGGUAGUCGUAACUGUUGAUUCUGGAAAUUAUGCUUUCAAGGCAAACUUAAACCGUUAGCUCGGUUGCGGGUGUGAGUUCUGUUAUUUUCAUUUUAGUAUUUUUUUUCUGUUUAAUGUGACUUCCAAAUUCAUAUAAAGCCAAAGUGUGCUGAAUGCUAUAAAAACAAACGAAAUAAAGCAAAAUUCAGUGAAAUCAAAACCAAUAUUAAUUUGAUCAGCCUGCAUGUGACUGUGUGUGUGAAGCGUUAGAAAAGCGGGCGCACGCAAAGAGCGCCAGGCAUUCGCCCACUCAAUGCAAAAAUCUACAAAACUCAAAGCAGGAAAUAAAAGCGUGUGCAAAUAAACAGCACAGCGAUCCACCAAGGACUGCUAUGCGGGGUGGUGUUAUACGGUGCGAGUGUGCGGUGCACAGCGACGCCACCGAAAGAAUGUAAGGGCUUGUUAAAAAGGAAAGCAGAACAAUCGACUAUCAAAUAUCUGGAUUUUGAAAUAUUACCACGGAAAGCCUUGAUAUAUUAAGGUUAUACCUAUGUAGAUGUUGCAGCAUUAAACAAGCAAAGAAACUAGCAAAAACAAAAUACACGCCAAACAAUUAUUUCGAGUUCAACUCACAACUUUUAAAACAUGCAAAAAUGCUAAGAGCAUAAAAUCACUUAAAUGUGGGCAAAUUGAAAUUAUUUGCAUUAUUCAAAUUCCAAAACUAUUAUUUGAUAAUAUACGCAAAAAAAAAAAAAAUUAAAGUCCAUAGAAAAAGUAAUAACACGCAAAAAAAGCAAAAACCGAAAAGAAACCAAAGACAGCAAGCAAGACAUAAUUUACUGUCCACUCAAACCACUUCUGUCCCAUUAUCCACCAUUACGAACAGUGUGACCAAAACAACACUAAUACUCAUUGAAUAUUAUGCAAAUAAACGGCACUUCUUCUGGUCCCACAAUGGCUGCGUCUGAGCCACCAGAACCACCGCCGCGCAAUCCGGAUCGCAUUAACGCUUCGCUACACAAACUGAGCGAAUCUAAAAAUAUCAAAUCUCUCGACUCGAGCAUAGCAACGAUCAACGAAAAAACGAUUAACAAUAAUAAACCGUUAAAACCGAUCUUGUCUUUGGAUCACGGCAACAGUGCUGUUGGUAACACCACAAGUUUUAGCAACAACGCGGCCACUGCAACACCAGCCUCGAAUAGCAAAGGUGCAAUAGCAGCAAGCGCUACAACAGCAAUUACAACUACGAAUAUAUCUUCCACGGCCAAUUUAUCAAGCGGCAGCACCACGUUACAGUCAACUACACCAGCAGCGCCACUCGUGUAUACUAAACGCGCUGCAACAGCGGCGGCAGCGGCUACACCAGCAACAACUGCCACCACAACAACGGUUGUAGAUAUCACAUCGGGUGUAAACACCGGUGACAGCGUCUCGCCGCUCAGUUCGAAUGGCAGUAGCAGCAAUCAAACGCUCAUCUCACCAAUGACGAUCGAUAAUCAGCAGCAUCGCCUAAGUUUUCCCAAUAAAAACGAGGUGCAUGCAGCACUUAUGGCACAACAACAGCAACAACAUUUGAAUGGCACCAAUGCAACAGCAGCGCUACUCAAUGGUGGCGUUGCCGGCACAGCGGGCAGUAAUGCAUUGAACGCCAACAAUGCGAAUGCGAAUUUAGCGGCGACGUCUGUGGGGGCGGCGAAUCAUUCGAGCGCAAUAAAUAGCACAGAUUCACCCACAAAACUGCGCGAGGAAAACGAACGACUUAGCGCGGAAAUACACCGCCUCCGUAAACUAUUGGAAAACUCACCAGAGGGCGCUGUUGGCGGUGUCGACCUUUCUGACUCCAAUAGCUGUGGCGAUGCACAUUCAACCGAUGGCAGCGGUAGCAUGCCACAACAACGCGUCGAUCGGUUGGAAGCCGAGCUACGUUCGGCAAAAAGCCAAAUAAUGACAUUACGCAUCGAACGUAAAAAAUUACGCGCCGACAAAAGUGAACUGCUCGCGCAAGUGAAGCAACUCUGCGCCUCGCUGCAAGACAAGGAACAGGAACUGCGUGAUUUUAUACGUAAUUUUCAAGAUCGUGUGCGCGAGACUGAAACGAACAAUGCAAAACUGACCGGUGAUCGCGAGCGCGAACGUUGGCAAUUGCUGAAACAGGCGCGCGAUGAGGCCGAACGUUCGUUGGCGUUGGCGCAGCAAUUGAAUGCACGAGACCUACAGCUGCAACGUUUGCAAGAUCAACUACAAGAGGCGCGACGCCAACUAACCGGUUGUUUGUCCGAUCAGGAGAGUUUAUUGUCGUUCGCGCCAUUAACACCGCCAUCGGCCGCUUCCGCUAUGAUCAACCAAAUGAACGCAACAGCAACAGCGAACAGUGCAAUGCGUAACGACGACAGUGGGCGUGGAAAUUCGAAUUCACUGUCAGCGUUUAGCAGCAGCUUGAGUGGAGGUUCUGGCGCUACGGCGGGGGAUCGUAAUUCUUGCUCGAAUGACUCGGGUUUAAGAAACAGCAGUGAUCGCGAAAGCACUGGUGGCGAUUAAUUUAGUGAUGGUACUUGUGAGAAUGGCCCAUGUAUAACAGUGGAUCCGGAUAGCAUUUCACUGGUCUCUAGCCAAAAUAUGUAUCAAUAUGGCACACCUAAGGAACGUAGUCCAACUUUGUCACCACUGAACUCUGCCGCUUACUCGAGAUCUGUAGAGCAACUCGGCUCGCCCGUGGAGUCGGAUGGUCCGGGCGCAGUUGCGCGUAAAUUCACACCAAAAACCGGCACACUAAGUGCACGCAAUGGACGCGGCGGUACUUGGGGUAGCAUUUCUCGUGUAUUUGCACGCUCUCGUAAUAAAAAUAAAGCUCUCUCAGCAGAUGGCACUGUCGAAUACGCCGACUACUCAUGGAGUCCACUCUCCGAAGAGGGUUAUGCUGAGAAAUUGCGUCUUCUGCGUGACGCCGCACAACUGCCAAUGGAGCGAUGGCGCGCAUCACAAGUGCUCGCCUGGCUGGAGGUAGCGCUCGGCAUGCCGCAAUAUAGCACGCGUUGUGCGGAGAAUGUGAAAAGUGGCAAGGUGUUGCUUGAAUUGAACGAUGGUGAAUUGGAAGCCGGUUUAGGCUUGGUACAUCCCAUGCAUCGUAAAAAGCUACGUUUGGCAAUUGAAGAACAACGUCGACCAGAAUUGGUACGCUAUCCAAUGAUUACACAGCUGGGACACACUUGGGUGGCUUCCGAAUGGCUGCCGGACAUCGGUUUACCACAAUAUGCCGAUUCGUUUUUGCAUUCGCUGGUUGAUGCGCGCAUGCUGGACACACUCUCGAAGAAGGAAUUGGAGAAGUUUUUGGGUGUGACGCGGAAAUUUCAUCAAGCGAGUAUUGUGCAUGGCAUACACGUGCUUCGCAUUGUGAAAUAUGAUCGCCAAACACUGGCCAUGCGUCGUGUACAAUCGGAAAAUGUGGACACCGAUCCAAUUGUGUGGACCAAUCAGCGUUUCAUACGCUGGGCGAGAUCAAUUGAUUUGGGCGAAUAUGCUGAGAAUUUAAAAGACAGCGGCGUACAUGGCGGUCUUGUCGUAUUGGAACCUUCAUUUUCCGGUGACACCAUGGCCACAGCACUGGGUAUACCACCCUCUAAGAAUAUCAUAAGACGUCAUCUCACAACGGAAUUCGAUGCGCUCAUAUUGCCCGCAAGAGCAACCUUGGGCCAAGGCAUACGUUCCGGUUGCGGCAUAGUACCGAUUACGGGACCGGGCGGCUUACAGCACUAUGCCACAACUGAUCGCCGCUCCAAUGGCGCAUUGCGGAUAUCGGCAUGGAAAGGAUCACAGAGUUCUCUCUCUAAAGCCUUCCGUUUCAAUACAAAAUCAUCACGCAGCGGAAGCUCCAUUGGGGAUCGUUCAUCCUUCGGCAACUCCACCUCUCCCACACCAUCGUAUAGUAGCUCCGAAGGUGGUGGAGGAAUUUACGCCACUAUAGGCGGCCAUCCACCACACUCCGCACCAUUCUACUCCACCAGCACACAUCACUUCCCGCCACCGACAACAGCACCACCACCACCACCUGGCGGCGGUAAUAUCUUCAACUAUGCACCGCCGGGACAUCGUGUGAGCGCACCACCGGUGAGCAGCAGCAGCACAGCCGAAUCAAUGACAGAUCCAAAUGCUUUGUACGAACAGCAUCGACGUGUGAAAAGCAUCAGCGAUAUUGGCAUGUCGGCCGGCAUCGCUGGUAGUGUGGGCGGCGCUGGUAUGGGUGCAGCGGCAGCAACGACGACGUCCACCACAGGUGGCACGACAGCAUCGCUCAAAAGCGCCGGCAGCAUGGGUAGUAGUAGUGGUGGCGGUUUGGGCAGUCGUAGCGGCAGCGUCGGUGGCGGUGGCAGUGGUAGCGCUGGCGGUUGUGCUUCUGGCUCUUCCGGCUCACCUGUAUGAGAAUCAGUUAUCAUGUAAGGCGCGUCGAAUGCGCACUUACAUACCGACAUGCAUGCAUGCAAACAUACACACUAAGUAACUAGCUAAAUAAAAGAGAGAUACAAAUAUGAAAUUAUGAAUUGCAGUGGAACAAUAGCGCAGAGCAAUAGAGUUUAUUAUAAAAAAGUAGCUAUUUGUGGUACAUAUUUGUGAAAUAACGAAAAUUGGAGAAGCAUUGUUAAACGCUCCAGCAUUUAAUUUACCACAUUAUCAUCAUGGAGAAUAUGGAGCUCUCGUUUACUUUUGACGAGUUCAAUUAUGAGCGUGAUUUCACUGCCGAUAACUAUGAAUUUGAAUGUUUAUGGGUCGAGUAUGCCGAAGAGAUGCAGCGGGUUGAUGAAUUCGCAGACUUAGAGCAAAAAUUUGUCAAACAGUUGACAAUAGCGGACACAUCUUAAAUAAUCAUGCUUUAUGGGCCCAUAUGUUGAUGUCUUACGCAUUUUAAGGGUUACAUUUACAGCAUGUUUUGCAGAGCAAAGCAAGUGCUUACGUUAAUAAAUAUCAAAAAUGUGCUUAUCAUCUGAUCUAAAGCACUGCAAAUCACCUCGAUAUUCAUAUCGAUCCUAUCGAUAUUCAUGGCUUCAAUGUCUAUAUAAUGUAUAUUUCUUCAAAAAAUCUUAUUGGGUUUUCCUUUGGGUACCAAAUGCAUCGCAUAAAUGCAUUUAUGACAUUUAAACAUGUUUUGUAAUUUUUUUUUUGGGAAUUUAAAAUGUAAAUAUGUCGGUAUAUGUGUAUUGACUCUACAAAUAGCAUUUGGGACAUUUAAAUUAUUUUAUGCACGUCCUUGUAAAAAACUAUUAGUGAAAACCC